UAUAGCUAUCCAAAAUUCCAGUCUUUAUAUUUCGUAUUUACUUUAAAUAAGUAUUUCGUGACAAUGAUCUCCUAAUCUACGAUAGUCAAACUAGAGGAGUUAUUACUGCCACAAUAUAAAAACAGAAAUUUUAUUACACAGAACAACUUUAUUUUAAUAAUUUUUGUUUCGUGUUACAAAGAGUAAGAAAAUCAACCGAAAAAUGGCAAAUCUGCCACAAUCUCUCUCUUUGAACGCAGCAGCUUACGGCCCAACUCUCGGUGCUACUUCGCCGGCGAAUUCACAAUCCAACCCAAACGACCGUAAAAUGCAAUCGGCGGAACUUCUCGUCCUCGACCUCAGCAAUCCUGACCGCCGUGAAAACGCGCUUCUCGAACUUUCCAAGAAAAGAGAAUUGUUUCAGGAUUUGGCUCCUUUGCUGUGGAAUUCUUUUGGAACUAUUGCUGCACUUUUACAGGAGAUUGUGUCAAUAUACCAGGUGCUGUCACCACCUACCCUAAAUCCAGGACAAUCAAACCGUGUCUGCAAUGCUCUUGCUUUAUUGCAGUGUGUAGCAUCUCACCCUGAUACUCGGAUGCUAUUUUUAAAUGCACAUAUCCCGUUAUAUCUAUAUCCAUUCCUCAACACAACAAGCAAAUCCAGGCCUUUUGAGUACUUGCGGCUAACUAGCUUGGGUGUCAUUGGUGCUCUGGUUAAGGUUGAUGACACAGAAGUCAUUAGUUUCCUUCUCUCAACAGAAAUAAUUCCAUUGUGUCUUCGUACCAUGGAAAUGGGUAGUGAAUUGUCAAAAACAGUUGCUACAUUUAUAGUCCAAAAGAUUCUUCUGGAUGAUGUAGGCCUGGAUUACAUAUGUACAACAGCGGAGCGCUUUUUUGCAGUUGGAAGAGUUCUAGCCAACAUGGUUGCGGCAUUGGCUGAGCAGCCUUCUUCACGGCUUCUGAAACAUAUUAUUAGAUGUUACCUUAGACUUUCAGAUAAUCCUAGAGCAUGUGAUGCUUUGCGAAGCUGUCUGCCAGAUAUGUUGAGGGAUGCCACCUUUGCUAGUUGCCUUCGUGAAGAUCCAACUACAAGAAAGUGGCUUCAACAGCUGCUUCUCAAUGUUGGAGGACCUCGAGUUGCAUUUCAACCUGGAACUGGAUUUGAACAUAUGAUGGUGAACUAAGUUAUACAUAUUACAAGCUUCCUGUCCUGUAUACCAAGUGAUUGCUUCCGACCUCCUAUGUAUUGUCAAUUCAAUUUAAACAUAUCAUUAGAAGCUUUACAUUGUAUGCUUGUAGACAGAAAUGGAAAAGGCGGUGAAUAGGCCGAAUAGAAUUUCUCUUUUAGCUGAAUGUCAAACAUAAUUAGCAUAGACAUAAUUAGUGUUUCCUUCAUCGUAUUUUUUUCUUUAUUUAGUACUGUUAACUAUCAUCUUUUUUUUUUUUUUUUUUUUUUUGAGGGAGUUAACUAUCAUCUUUUUGUACAUAAACGAAAUUGUUUUUGAGUUUUCAGUUAAUUGCUGUUUUGAUCGUGA